AUGCGUUCGACUUUUGCACUCCUUUGUGUACUGCUCAGCUGCCUGUUACUGGCACAGCGGGUCGGCAGUCAAGCCUCUCCUUCGGGUCCUUCUUACUCUGAUCCGGGUACAUCGCCAUCAGCAACAGGCACAGGCACAGAUACAGGCACAGGCACAGGCACAAGCGCCGGAACCACAAACUCCACCAUAUCGCCGACAUAUUUGCGUAACACGCUACGCCUUUUAAAAAUCAAGCUUCAGCUCAAGAAACAGAAGCUCCGGCGUCAGCAGCGCAAGCGUCAGCAGCGUAAACGCCAGCAGCGCAAGCGUCAGCAGUCACAGAAACGACGCGGCUGA